GGCCGCAUACCUACCUCAGCUUUUGCGCACAACCUGCCCAAUUAAUUCCUCCGCCCGUUCAAGCUCUCGAUUCCAGCAAUCCGACGAUGCAAGAAAAGAAGCGCGCAUCAAGCACCAGCCCAAAGGCAUCCGUAAAGAGACCGCGAGCUCCGGAGCGCACACCACCGCCUCAAAUCCCCCGUACCACUGGGACAAAACCGCCUCGCAAGGAAGUCGGACUGCCUGGGACGGGGCCUCCCGCGGCAUCAAAAAAAGCGAGACCUACGCCUGAGCCCGUCACUCGGAGUGAGACUCUUACAAACUCCGCAAUCCUAGGACCCAAGCCCAUUGAAUCUGUCUUCCAAACUUUCCCGAGGGAAUUGACGGAAAGGAUUUUCGGCGGAUUCAGCUUCAAGGAAAUCAGAGAGAUAUGUAAAGGCGGAAAGCUCAUGUGGCUGAUGGUUACGCCUUAUCUAUACUCAGUAGUCAUCAUAAGUCCUUUGGCCAUGGAUGUAGCGGCGCUGGACCGAUGUGGCCGAUACUACGAACAUACUCGAGUGCUAACGGUGCAUAUUCCGCAAGCCGAAGUCACCGAUCACUGGGACCACGCCGAAAGCAUUUUUCGGCAUAUGAUAAGAUAUAUAUCCAAUCGUACUUUGAGGGUCGUUUCGUUCACGCCUGCCACGAUACUCAACACUGCCACCUGUCGUACUCUUUGCCAGCUGUUGGAAAAGGCGACGCAAGUAACGAAGAUUUAUUUACCGCCAGUCACCCCUCAAGAGAGAAGCAACAAUGAAAGAACAGACCUGAAUGCCUGGGUAAAACUCCGACGAUAUAAUGAGGAUGGAGAAGCAGACCUUGACCUUGUAGUUGCUUGGAAUGCUGACGUUCAAUUACUGAAGACGAUAUUACACCGGGAAUCCUCCCAAAUAAUUUCCAUGGCAAUCCUCGGUACCAUUGUGACACCUUCAGAUGCACUGAACAAUUCCCUUGCAGUACUCGGCUACGAUAGAAAUAAUCCUCUGAACGUGAAAGAGCUUCAGCUAUGUCGUCUGGACCUUACGCAAUGGCACGAAACAGAGCCAAUCCUCGGCCUGAAAUCCCUUCAAUCUCUAGCUAUGCACGAAUGCAUAGAUGCAGAGAACGCUAUUGAAUCUGCAUCACGAGAGGCGUUGAAGCUGAAGCGUUUUGUCCUGACGAACAUAUGUGAGUCGUGGACCCCUACGCCUCCGCAGCAUAACGACACAGUUCAGGCUGGCAAGGAGGACGGCUAGCAUACGGAAACUCCACAGCCCAGAAGCAGUUUCGCCACGGUCCGCAUUCACGGUCGCUGUAUUCGUCGCCUGUUAAAUUCAUGCUCUGAAUUGGAAAUCUUGAUCCUACACCGGCACUUGCCUUUCAAAGAAUUG